AUGACGUCCGGGAUGUUGCGCCUACUGACCCCGGUGCUGCGCCGCGGAAACGUUGCGGCCGAGGUGGCGGGCACCCAAGGGUUUCUUCAUGACGACACGAUGGUGGUCAACGUCUUGAAAGCAGAACAGGUGGUGCGCGGUGUUCCCGUCGCACGCAUCAACGAGGAUGGGCAUGGAGUUGUUCACCUGCAUGUGCGGAAGGACAAAGAGACCUUCGAAUUCAGCUUUCGGCGAACCCUGCCUGGCGAGAAGCUGAACCUCAAAGUGGGCUUGGCGAAGCACGAUCGCUUCAAGAAGAAGGAGCCAGGAAAGUACCGGCUGGCCAUCCAUGAGCGAACCACAGCUUCCACCGAAGAGGUGAAGCCUCGUUGCCCAAAUUUUGCGCAGAAAUGCGGAGGCUGUGCCUUUCAGAAUCUGAGGUACGAAUCACAGCUGAACGAAAAGAUGCAUCUCCUGGAGAUCCUCCUGGAUCAGUUUGGGCUUCUGCGCUCGGAGGAGGUGGUUCUUGCUGAUCCCGUGGCUUCCGCGUCCAUCUUCGGCUUUCACGCAAGGACAGAGUUUCGGGCUUUUCUGCGAGAUGGCCUGCAGUUUGGCAUGCAUCCGGAAGGAAGUCCGAUUCCCAUUCCCAUCACGGAGUGUCAUCUCCAUUCGGACAGUGCGCAGCUGGCCUUCGAUGCCCUGCGACGCUCUCUGCGUGCUGCUGGCGCCACCGCCUUCGACGAGCGAACGGGGCGUGGAUGGCUUUGCAACCUCAUCUUGCGCUCGUCUCUGCCACGUCAGGGAGCCGAGCCCCAGUUGCUGGCGACCUUGGUCACGCUUCCCGAGGCCCCACGAGACGUGCUUGAGAGUGCCGCUAGAGAAGCGCAAUCUCAGUGCUCCGCUCUUGUCGGCGUUACGUGGUCGCAAGAGGGUGGCGAAGGAUUGAAGACGCCCGGCUGGAGAAGCCGGGGUCACCAGAAGCAUGAGGUCUUGGCAGGGCGGCCGUAUCUUCUUCAGGACAUUGAUGGAGCCCCCAUGCGCCUAAUCCCAGAAGGCUUCCUCAGGCCCAACAUCUUCCUCGCGUCAGAGCUAUCUCGUACGGUGGUGGACUUCAGCAAAGCCAAUUCCGCAGCGCGGCAAGACAGCAUCGUUUGGGAUGCCUUCUGCGGCCAAGGCCUCUUGACGCUUCCCCUGGCAGCCGCCGGGAGUCGGCUUGUAGCCUUGGACCGGUCGCAGCCAGCUCUGGAGGCGCUCCAAAGCAACCUGAAGGCCCAAAGCCUGACGGCCGAAGUUGUGUGUGGAGACCUCGGCAUCCCUGUGUUUCUCCAGAGGUUGUUGGCAGCGCUGCCGACAAGGUCGACGAUCUCCCGGGACACUCAGGAAGAGGGAGACUUCAGCGAGGAUGAGACGGAGGAAGCAGACCAAGCAAGCCAAGAUGACAACCAGCCGUUCGUGGGUGCGGUGCCCACCACGCUGCCGGCACCAAAUGUCCUCGUUGUGGACCCCGGACGGAACGGUCUUCCGAAACCCUUCCGUCGAUUCGCGCUGGAUCUGCGAGUGCCGACGCUGAUCUAUGUUGGAAGUGGUCGUGGCCUGCUUCGGGACGUGGCCCUGCUCUCGAAGCGCGGAUACCAGCUCAGGAAGCUCCAGCCCAUCGACCUGCAACCACAUUCGGCGCGCUUGGAGGUCGUUGCCAGGCUCGUUUGGUCCGGUGAGCGACGCGAGUCAGUUGACUGGCUGCCACGGAACCAGACACGGCUACAUUCGUUGACGUGA